CUAGAGUUGUUGGAGGAGGAGCUUUGAAAAUAGAGGCUACGUGUCUCGAAAUAACAAGUGCAUUUAAAUUAUCUUACCACAUAAUUUGAAGAGGUGACGCAAGAUGAAAACAAAAAUCACAAUGAAGAUUUAAAACGACAAGAAUCUUUCUAAAGACACAAUGUCUUCCAAAGACACUAUUAUUAAGAUUGAUGACUCAAGAAAUGGUAGAGAGAGUCAAAAAACUGAGAUUAAUAUACUUUGCCUCAAUCUAACGCCAUAUAGCCAGCUAACACAGUUCAUAUGUUGUUGUAUAUUUGUAUUUAUAUGCUAUUUAGCCUAUGGAUUUUACUUAGAGCUCAUAUUCUCUGAGCCGGAGGUGAAGCCUGUGAGUUUGUAUAUAACUUUAGUACAAUUUAUUAUUACUAUGGCGCUCAGUUAUGUGGAAUCGUUGAUAAGGAAUCCCAUUAAGAGGAAAGUACCAUUAAAAGUAUAUGCUCUACUGGCAGCUUUGACACUUGGAACCAUGUCACUCUCAAACCUAGCCCUAAGUUACCUGAAUUACCCAACACAGCUGAUCUUCAAGAGCUGCAAGCUCAUACCGGUGAUGAUUGGGAGCAUCAUUAUACUGGGGAAGAGAUACGGUUUCCUGGACUAUGUUGCGGCUGUGGUCAUGUGUAUAGGCCUUACUAUGUUUACUUUAGCGGACUCAAUGACAUCUCCAAACUUCGACAUAAUCGGAGUGAUCGUGAUAUCCCUAGCCCUCCUCUGCGACGCCAUCAUCGGCAACGUGCAAGAGAAGGCCAUGAAACAAUUCCAGGCGUCCAACAAUGAAGUGGUUUUCUACUCUUAUGCCAUUGCCUGCGUUUAUUUAGUAGUCAUUACUGGAAGCACGGGGAUAUUGACUAAAGGAUAUGUUUACUGCUCAAAGGUCGGCAGCCCGCUAACCAUGUACGCCAACAUAUUCCUCCUAAGCCUGAGCGGGUACCUCGGGCUGCAGGCGGUGCUGACGUUGGUCCGGAUAAGCGGGGCCACGGUGGCGGUCACCGUCACCACUAUGCGGAAGGCGCUGUCUAUCGUCAUAUCGUUUGUGCUGUUCAGCAAGCCGUUCGUCUUCCAAUACGUAUGGUCCGGCAUGCUGGUCGCCCUGGCGAUAUACCUGAACCACUACAGCAAAAAGAACCCGGGCUAUGUGCCCGGCAUAGUUCUCGCUUGCUUGCAUUACACGCAGUCCUGCUACCAGUCAGAGUAUAGGUAUUUAAGAAUGAAGUCCAAAAUUUAUGCAGAUACUGUAUAGUUGUUAAUUUGAUUUCAUUGGGUCAUAGAAAAGUUAAGGAUGAUUCACGCUAGAUCGGGCCAGGGCUGGUCCGGAGCUUCGUUUUCUAUGGAAAGCACCACGUGAUCACCGAAAAGCUGUCAUAGGAAAUGACACGUCGGACGCCUCGGCCCGGUCUAGCGUGAGUCAUUCCUUUAUACCGCUGCCGCUGACCGCUACACAGCUGCACACGACUAGGUAAAAUUGACGAAAUAUAAAUUAAGUCGAUAUUGUUCAAACUUGUUCCGAGAGAUCGGCUCACUUUAUAUUUCGUCAAUUUUAAGCAUGUGCCAGACGGCAGACAACCACAGUUUCUGCAAGAUGACCUUGGUAGAAGCGAGGUAGAAGCGCGGCUGUCUGCAUGGUUUAAUACGAGCCCAAAACUUCAUGGUUGGCAAAGCACGCUGUCUACCAAGGGUGUUUAAAGGUCAUGCGGAAUUUGGUUUCAACCACUUGCUACAUGGCUUAAAACCACUGCUUUUCUACCAAGGUCAUCUUGCAGAAACUGUGGUUGUCUGCCGUCUGGCACAUGCUUUACAUAAGAUUUUAUAAAGUUAGCUCGAGUUUUGAGUCUGAAUUCGGAGAACUCGAUACAGUUUUACUAGACUCUGCCUGCACCUGUAUCUAAUACAGUAUAUUUUUAGAGUAUUUUUGAAGUGUAACUCAAAAGGCCUCUGGUCCUGUAAUAAACAUUCCGUGAUUCAUUAUUUACGUUCUGUCUAAAUAAGAGUAAAAACAAAUGAUCAUACUUGGAUAUGAAGACUCGAUACUUUGAUAUUUGUUGCAGAAAUGAUGAGUCUAUUCAAGAAAGAACUCAAGUGUCUCAAGUUUUUAUUGAGACCUAAUAAACGAACUAAUGAAUGACUAAAAACAGAAUUGAGUGACAAUGGGGACUUAAAAAACCGGCCAAGUGCGAAUCGGACUCGCGCACGAAGGGUUCCCGCACCACCUACGCAAAAAACGGCAAAAAAAUCACGUUUGAUUGUAUGGGAGCCCCACUUAAAUAUUUAUUAUAUUUUGUGUUUAGUAUUUGUUGUUAUAGCGAAUAUAGCGGCAACAGAAAUACAUCAUCUGUGAAAAUUUCAACUGCCUAGCUAUCACGGUUCAUGAGAUACAGCCUGGUGACAGACAGACGGACAGCAGAGUCUUAGUAAUAGAGGAAGUUACAUAUUUCUUUGGUAAUAGGGUCCCGUUUUUACCCUUAGGGUACGGAAGGAACCCUAUAAACAGUACGUGUUGUAUGUGUUCUACACUCGUUUUCAUAUGUAGCAGUCAGUUGCGGUCAAUAGGUAAUGAAUUGAACGGCAUAGCCGGUAGUAUAUUUCUAAGAUGGACUUGUCGGUAUUUUUAUAACACCCAAGAAUUCAUCAGUCUUUGUACAGUUUAUAUCUACAAUGUUCGAAAGUAACACUAGUCUCUUACCGUGGCCGGCGCUAGCCCAGUGUGUACAGGGGCCUUUAUAUAAAUUGGUUUGAAAGGGACGACACUACAGUGUUGCCACUUUUUAAUUUCUACUCUUUUUUGCCAAGCUGUAUUUAAAUAUUCUAGAAUCAAUCCUUUACAUUGUGAUAAAUACUUAUUUAAAAUAUUAAUUUAUGAUUAUUAGGGUGGUAUUCCACCUGUCCAAUUUCCUGGUGCGUGCAUUGCGUCUCACUCUCUCAUUAAGCAAAAUGUGAAAUGCAAAAACACAUUGGACUAAGAAAUUGGACAGGUGGAAUACCACCCUUAGCAACAGUUACUUUAGUAAUUGUAUGACAAAAUACGAUACAAGACAUUAGAUUAAGAAUACAUUUUGAAGUAUUAUGGUAAAUAUUGUCACAAAAUGAGAUUACGAAUGUCGCAAAUAUUGUACUACCUUUACUUACCUAAGGUCGACCGGGAUAAAUGAGGUAAAUUCGUACGUAAAAACGUACCUUGAGGUAAAUUCGUCUUUUAAGGAUUUCUUCGAAACAAAACAUUUUAGAACUAUUGCAACCCUCUCUGUUCGAUGUGUGGUCAGUUGGUGUCUGAACUUUUAAUGCAGACGGCAUAGUAUAGAAUAUAUCUUUGAAAGACGCAUUUGCCUCGGUUGACCUUAUUUAAAACUCCGUUUUUAUUUGAGUACUUUUGUACUGAUUUUUUCGUAUAUUUAUGUUCAAAGCUGUAAAUGUAUUAAAUAGGAAUAAAAAUACAUAUUUUAUAUCAAUGACAUUUAUUUCAUUGUAUGUACAAAAUCUUAAAAAUCUAGUCAAUUUUCAUACAAAAGUGUCGAAAUUUAACGUGUUUGAAUAUUUGGAAUGUUAUUUAAGACACUAUUUUUCAUUGGCUUUAUACACUUCCUAAGAUGAUGAGAUGAUUAAGUGAAUAAAGCAAGGGUUUAAUACUUGUUAGGGCACUUGCACACCGCCGCGAUUUCGCCACUACUUUGCUAUACAGGCCAAGUAUAAAGGCAGUCUUACACUUGUGACAAAACUGACCGCAAAUUGUACAGCAAAGCCGUCUUAUAAAAAACCACAGCGAGUGGCCAGGCAUACCUAAGUGUAGAAAAACAGAAAAUAUUACAUUAGGUAACCAACAUUAAGAUCAAUGAUCAGUCGUUUAAAUUGAAAUUAGUUUAUAAAUAUUUUACAAUUGUUACAUAAUAAUUCAGCCUAUAUACGUCCCACUGCUGGGCACAGGCCUCCUCUCAUGCGCGAUCUACAGGCUUGUCAGGGACAAUUGUUACAUGUCAAUAGAUAAUUGGUCAAAAUUAUAUUAAAGUUACACAGGUCACAAGUUCUAACUA